AAGGGGGCAGAUAAGUUCAAAUGGAUUCCCCUUGUGUGCUUGUUGCAAGCUGCACGGAGUUUUCUCCGUUUGACCUAGCAAAACAAAUACUCACGGCUGAUGACCUACCAGAUCCCAGGCAACGUCUAGAAGGAAUACUAGCAUACCCUUGGCACAUUAACACAAAAUAUUACACUGCCAAUGUGGACAUAUGUGUUACAGAAAAGCGGACCAUUGGGGACCAGAAGUUUGCAGAAUCAGUUGAAGCAUUUAUUGUUUAUUUUGAUAGCAAAGAUGUGGGGAGUUUUGAACAAGUGAGAUCUUGGCUUCCUUUUAUUAAAGAAAUCGAACCAUCUGUUCAGAUGUUGAUCUGUGAAUGCUGUGAUCACAGUGAUGCUGUUCCUAGACAGAGGGUUCUGAAGUGGUGUCUGGAUAACACAUUUGAACUAGUGGAACUAAACCCUGUUCAAGACAGUGGAAGUGAGGAAGAUGAUUUCCAAGAGACAACUGGUAUGAAAAGAAUUAUUCAAGCAUUACAUGCUCAUACAUGGUCAAAUUUGGAAAUGAAAGAUCGGCCAGCAUUUAGAAGUCCCUAUUUUGAGCAACUGAUGGUGGAGGAGAAAGCAGAAAAAGAUGCUGCCAAACUUCAAAGUGGUACAAACACAGAGAAUACUACAGACAGUGCAGAUAAUUCCCAAAUACAUGCUCAUUCCAUUGAUAAUAUUAAAGGAGAGCUAAGUAAAAGUUUAGCUGGUGCUUCAAAACCUGAUAGUGAAGAAGCUGUAACUCAGAAUGCUAACAGUUGGUCUACCUCAGCAAAUGAUAAAGAAACAGGUGGUGCAUCUGAUGAUAUGAAAUUGAACNUUUUUCCCAUUAUAGAUCGGCCAGCAUUUAGAAGUCCCUAUUUUGAGCAACUGAUGGUGGAGGAGAAAGCAGAAAAAGAUGCUGCCAAACUUCAAAGUGGUACAAACACAGAGAAUACUACAGACAGUGCAGAUAAUUCCCAAAUACAUGCUCAUUCCAUUGAUAAUAUUAAAGGAGAGCUAAGUAAAAGUUUAGCUGGUGCUUCAAAACCUGAUAGUGAAGAAGCUGUAACUCAGAAUGCUAACAGUUGGUCUACCUCAGCAAAUGAUAAAGAAACGGGUGGUGCAUCUGAUGAUAUGAAAGUGAAGAAGGGAGAAAAAACAAGAAAAAGCAAGGAACAAAUACAGGAGGAGAAGAUUGAUUCUCUAAUUAAAGAUGAUGACCUUUCUAUGUUGGCAGCAUUAGGAAACGAUGAAUCAGAUCAUGAAACCUUUGAAGAGUUGUUUGCAAAGAUGAGGAUUAUGAAAGAGACAGCAGAGUCGCUUCCAGCAGAGGAGAGAAAAUUGUAUGCAGAAAAGGUCGCAAUAUCAUUCUGGAAAGCAAUAGGUGGGGAUGAAGAUGAAAUUGAAGGACUUGAUAGUGAUGAUGGAGGGGGAUUGGACUAAAACAUCAGUGGUUAAUAUUUUAAAAGUUAUGGCCAUUUUUGAAUCACUACAGACAAGAAAUAGACAUACUUGAUUUUUCCAUUCCUUUUAACACACAAGAUAGAUAUGACAUUGAAUGCAAAUAGUUUUAAGAGAAACAACACAAGAUGUUUGUAUAUAUAAUAAUAUAAUCAGCACUUUUUAU